AUGCUCUCCGGGAUCAUGCAACAACACUUGAAGCCGGGUAGGUUAAAAAAAUCUAUUGCUGGAAGGCCUCCAGGCAACCUAGAUGAAUUGCUGAACCGAGCCGAGAAAUACGUACGAAUAGAGGAAGCCUCUACCCAUGCUCCUUCCAAAAGGAAGAGGGAAGAUGACCGUCAGGACGUUAGGAGACGGGAUGAUCAACGUCCACCACUCCCACCUCAAGGCCAAUCAUCUUCCUCCUACAAUAGGUUCACUCCGCCAAACACUCGCCUUACUGAAAUCCUUCAUGUGAUAGAACAAAGAGGUUUAACAGAACCUCCACGCCCUAUGCAGCCAAAUGCGAAACUAGAAAAGUCGGAUCGCUACUGUCGAUUCCAUAAGGAUAGAGGACAUACUACCGAGGAAUGUGCACAACUUAAAGUAGCCAUUGAGAGAUUGAUCAAGCAGGGCCACUUAGGCGAAUACAUCGAUAAGCCUCGAAACAAGCGUCGUGAUGACCCCCCACGCCGAGAUAACAAUCGAGAUCAACCACAACAACGAGAGGAAGGAGGUCAUCGGCGAGAACAAGAUAACAAUGAUAAUCAACCCACCUGGGGAGUCAUUGCCUUUAUCUCUGGAGGACCGGCGGGUGGCGACUCACAAAAUGCGAGACGCUCCCUUGCUCGGUCAGCACGUAUGAAUCAAGAGCAAGCCUCUCCAUCCGCAUCUAUCAAUCAGAUACGAAGACCUGAUCAUAGCAUAGUCUUCAACUCUUCGGACCUUGAAGGUCCAAAUGAAGAUCAUGUCGAUGCAUUGGUAAUCACAGCGUCGGUGGCCAACUUCUUAGUUAAGAAGAUAUUAGUGGACGGUUGA